CUGGCGGAAGUAAACAAUACCAGCUCCAGCUCGCUGGAAGGAGUUGUUGUAGUCGGAGCACCGCUAAUUAUUUGUUUGUAGUUCAGCAACAAUGUCUUCAGUUGAGAGUUUGAGAGAAUUUGUUAACGAGCGACUAACUGCUGCUGCUGAAGAAAUAUUCAGAGUUUUUAAAAACACUAUCGUCGAGUACGAGAAAGAGAUCGAUCGUCAGCGCAGACUGCUGGAUAUCGCUUGGAAACCCGAAAUAAAGUUACACAGGAUAGAGUUCCCACAGCAACAUGUCUGUAAGGAGGAGGAGGUUCUGGCUGACCAGCAGCUCUGGAUUCAGGAGAGGAUCCCCGGUCUGGACCAGGAGGACCCACAGCCUCCACAGGUUAAAGAGGAACAGGAGGAACUCUGUACCAGUCAGGUGGGAGGGCAGCUUGUAGUGAAGCAGGAGACUGACACCUUUAUGUUGACUCCUACUUAUGAGGAAAGUGACCACAGUGAAGCAGAACUGAAAAGUGACCACCAGCUCCUCUCUCACAACUGUCAUGUAGCUGAGAGCCAAGAUCAGAAAGAAGGCGAGCAUGAAGACUCAGGAUCAACUAGAGAUGCAGAGCCAAAACAAAAGAAUCAAGAUCACAACAGCAGAAGCCCCAGAAACAAUGUACACAAGUCUACCAUGUCAGAGGUUCACCAUGAUCCUCACACAGAGCUCCCACAGCAACAUGUCUGUAAGGAGGAGGAGGUCCUGGCUGACCAGCAGCUCUGGAUUCAGGAGAGGAUCCCCGGGCUGGACCAGGAGGACCCACAGCCUCCACAGGUUAAAGAGGAACAGGAGGAACUCUGUACCAGUCAGGAGGGAGAGCAGCUUGUAGUGAAGCAGGAGACUGACACCUUUAUGUUGACUCCUACUUAUGAGGAAAGUGACCACAGCGAAGCAGAACUGAAAAGUGACCAUCAGCUCCUCUCUCACAACUGUCAUGUAGCUGAGAGCCAAGAUCAGAAAGGAGGCGAGCAUGAAGACUCAGGAUCAACUAGAGAUGCAGAGCCAAAACAAAAGAAUCAAGAUCACAACAGCAGAAGCCCCAAAAACAAUGUACACAAGUCUACCAUGUCAGAGGUUCACCAUGAUCCUCACACAGAGCUCCCACAGCAACAUGUCUGUAAGGAGGAGGAGGUUCUGGCUGACCAGCAGCUCUGGAUUCAGGAGAGGAUCCCCGGUCUGGACCAGGAGGACCCCACAAACUGA